AUGAGACACUGUUGCAGCGCUUUGGAUUCUGAUAUCUAUCACGGCAAUCGUUCUGAGACCAGUAACUCAGCUUUUCUAUUAAGCAGUGGAGACGGAACGUUCACAGGAGAUGGAGGGCUUGCUGGAGAUCCGCUUUCGACCAUUCGGAUAGUGAAGAGGAUACUCACCGAGAAAAUGCAAAAGGCUAAAGAGGAAGAUCGUCUGGUGGAAGAAGUGGUUUGUCGACGAGCUACGCAAAGGUUAACGGAGUAUGAGGCAAUCGUGGAAGAUUUGGCUAAUAGACGAAGCAAUGCCCUCGUCUAUAAUAAGACAGAGCAGGCCGAAAAGUUGCGCUUAGCAAUGAUAGACAGUCGCGAUACCGUAUUCAGAGCCAUUCACGUCGACUUGCUGCUCGGUCCAGAUGAAUUGCGGGCAAUCGGCGCCAGCUCUUCCUGGGCUCCGUAA